AUGUCUUCAUCGGAACCUAAAUACGAAAUCCCACCGGCCCCAACCUACAAGACCCCACCGGCACUAGUAGCAUUCACCCUCACCGUUCUCAUCCUAUGCUUUGUGGCUUUUAGCGUAGUUUAUCUUUGCAAGUAUUGUUUUGCUAGCGUUUUGCAUACUUGGGCCUUACAACGCACGGCCUCAGGAUCCCUCGUUCGUCUGUCACCUGAGAGGUCACCUCCUAGGGGACUCGAUCUUACCCUUCUAGAAAAAUUCCCAACUUUCCUCUAUGCCUCCGUAAAAGACCUUCGCAAGGAGAAGAGUUAUAGCUUAGAAUGUGCCAUUUGUUUGCUAGAGUUCGAAGACGAUAGCAUGCUUCGUCUCCUAACCAUUUGUUGCCAUGUUUUCCACCAAGAAUGUAUUGACCUAUGGCUUCAAUCUCACAAGACAUGCCCCGUUUGUCGAACCGACCUUGAUUCACCUCCCGACCAAAUGUCAAAACACGGCGGGGACAACACCACCACCACCAACAACAAUAAUGAACAAGAGGGUAUGUCAUCAUUACCGUGCGAUGAUGACAUACACAUUGAUAUUAGAGAAGAGGAAAGAGACAGUGUUGGUGAGAUCACUAGAGCUCAAAUACAUGAAGGUGAUCAAAAUGUGAGUACAAGCAUGAGACAACAAGAAGAACAAAGAUUUUCAAGGUGUCAUUCAACAGGACAUUCUAUAGUAAUGAUUAGAGGUGAAGAAAAAGAUGAUGAGAAAUAUACACUGAUAUUGCCUGAACAUGUUAUAAGAGGAGGACACAACUGCACAAAGAGUUGUACAAAUUACAGUGAGAUGACAUUGACAGUGCCUACACCUUGUAGUAAUUGUGGUUUUAUUAAACCACCCUCCUCUUCAAUUGCUCAAGCCCAAGAAGCUUGA